UGCGAGUCUGGCCUCAUUCCAGGGAAUUGUGGGUAAUCUCUCCGCUCUGCCAGUGUUUUGUAGAGUGACAGCUCCGCACACAGAAGGAUUUACUCCCCGAUCGUCACACAGGUGUUCCCAUGCCGCGCCGAGGAUUUGGGAAUGGUAGAGCGCUGGAAAGGUGGAGCCCCUCGUAAAUCGCACCCCCCCGGAUCUCCAGGGCUGAUUGUUCACCGAUAGGCAACAUUUGCUGCAAUUUACAGGUCGGAGAUGAACAGCCAGGACCUGGAUGGGUCCCAUAUCCAGCAGGACUGGAGCCCCACCAUGUACUCGGUCUUCGAGGAGGACAGUAACAGCAGCUGCAGCUCGGUGGCCACAUCCAUCCUGAGCCUGAGAGCCGGAGAGAGCGAGGACCCUGAUGCAGAGGAAAAGCUCUGCGCCGUGUGUGGUGAUCGGGCCAAUGGCUAUCACUUCCAUGUCCUGACCUGCGAGGGCUGCAAAGGCUUCUUCAGACGUUCGAUGAGCAAAGGGUUAACGUUUACCUGUCCGUUCACGCGGUCCUGUCCGGUCACUAAAGACAAACGCAGACGGUGCCAGGCAUGCCGGCUUCAGAAGUGCCUGGAUGUGGGGAUGAGGAGAGACAUGAUCAUGACGGACGAGGCGCUGAUGGCGCGGCGCGAGCUGCGAAUGAGGAAGAAGCAGGAGCGGAUGCAGAGGUCGCAGCGGGUGGCGGAGGUCGGGUCGCUGAGCGAGGAACAGAAGCAGCUCAUCUCCAGCCUCAUAGACGCCAACCGGAAACACUUUGACUCCAAGUUCGAAAACUUCAAGGGAUACAGGUUACAACCACAAGUGGUAAAAGCCAGAUGGGGGACUUCGCCAGUAUCAAGUCCUUCUUGUAGCCCCCAUCAUUUGAACCAGUACCCCGAAGACCAGGAGCUGAUGGAGGGUGUUGUUGACCCAACAGACUUGAAAGAACUGCCCCACUUUGCAGAUCUCAGCACCUACAUGAUCCAGCAGGUCAUCAAGUUUGCCAAGGAUAUCCCACUUUUUCGCUCCUUGGCGAUCGAUGACCAGAUCUCUCUCCUGAAAGGGGCCACCAUGGAAGUCAGUCAGAUCCAGUUCAACUCUGUCUUCAACCUGGAGACCAGCCAAUGGGAAUGUGGCAAGAUUAUAUUCAGCAUUGAAGAUGGGGCCCUCUCCGGGUUCCAACGAAUGUUUUUGGAGCCUUUGUUGAAAUUCCACGUCACGUUUCGCAAGUUGAAGCUUCACGAGGCGGAAUACGUCUUGAUGCAAGCCCUGGCCCUCUUCUCUCCGGACCGCCCGGGUGUCAUCGAACAUGACCUCAUCGACGAGAUCCAUGAGAAGACGGCUCUGACGCUGAAAUGCUACAUUGACUAUCACCACCCUCUGCCAGACAGCAGGUUCCUUUAUGCCAAACUUCUGUCUUUGUUGGCCGAACUCCGCACCUUAAAUGAGGAGAAUGCAAAGCAGAUGAUCCACAUUCAGAACAUAAUGUCUGACGCUAUGACCCCGCUGAUGAAGGAGAUUUUCAGCUGAAGGACAUAGCCCGCCAGGAAUGAUGAAACACAAGCUGUGACGGGGCAUUGGCUGCCAAGCGUUAUCCUUGGAUGCUUCUCGUCCCGGUUAUGUUUGGGCUUGCUCGGUCUUUACGCACAAAAAACAAUGUUCUUCGGGAUGCUGGCCGAUGUUCAACACAAACUGGUUGGACCAGGAACCUGGUUCAUAUUCCAUGCACUUUUCCCCAAUGACUGAUAACUGUGGAAGGACUUCUGUUACGGGAGACAGAAAAAUAAACUGACCUAAUAGGGACAAGGUCCUUAAAGAUGCCAAAGUAACGGAGAACGUUCUACAAGAUAUCGAGGACUUUCUGAAAGGACAACUUUGCUAUCGUCACAUGAUUUCAGAAGGAAGACACCAAC